AUGGCUUCUAGGCUUCAGUUCUUGACGCUGGUGGGUUUUUGCCUCAUCGGACACAACUUUUCAAAGGAAGAAGCGCUUCAAACGACAAUAAAAGGGAACGUGACACUGGGUGGACUUUUCCCAAUUCAUUUUCCCGGUGAAGACGGUACUUGUUCGGUGUUUAACAGUCUACGUGCUAUACAAGAGAUAGAAGCCUUUCUGUUUGCCGUCGAUCAAAUAAAUGCGAACGAGACGCUCCUACCAAACGUCACGUUGGGUGUGAAGGCAUUUGAUACCUGCGGUGAUGCCACCUCGGCUCUCAAUAGCGCUGUGAAAGAAUUUGUUCUUGGGAAACACUGGAACACCGAGGAACAUUGUACGGAAAACGAGAGACAAGUGGUCGGGGUAAUAGGACCUGGAUAUAGUAGCGAGGCAGUGCACAUUACCCCAUUUCUAAAUCUCUUCGAGAUUCCUCUUAUUAGUUACUCUGCAACCAGCCCGGUGUUGAGUGAUAAAAAGAAAUACGAGUAUUUUUCGCGAACCGCCACCUCAGACAUGUUUCAAAUCCCCGCCAUUAUAGACCUUCUGGUGCUUUUCAACUGGACCUAUGUUUCCGUAUUGUAUUCUGACGAGACGUACGGGCAAACUGGGUAUAAGGGUCUAAAAGAAGAGGGCGAAAAAAGAGGAAUAUACUUCGCAAAUGAAAUUAAAGAAGUACAACAAACGUACGACAAAAACAAAUACAAAAAAAUUGUUGUCGACGUUCUAUCGAAAACAGAAGCGACCGUUAUAAUUUUGUUUGGUGUGGAUAAUGCAUUGGAACCGAUCCUCAACAUGAUCCAGAAGGCUGCUGGCAACAGAUCACUGUUGUUCGUGUGCUCAGAUGCACUCGCGUCAGCAAUCUAUGAAGAGUUGAAUAAAGUUCGGCAAAUUACACAGCAAGUGAUAUUUUUCAAUCUGCCCACAGGUCAAGUGGACGGUUUUACGGAGUACUUUUUGAACUUAUCAGUUGAAAAAAACAAGCGCAAUCCUUGGUUCAAGGAUUUUUUCGAAAGUUUUAUGAACUGUAGUUUUGAUGACCAAAGACAAAAAUUAAACAAGACGAAAUGCAACCCGAACCAGACCCUAUCCGAUACAGAUUACUCAGAUCAAGUUGAAAAUUUUACCCAGAGUGUUCCGCUCGUUGUGGACGCGGUAUAUGCAUUUGCGCAUGCUCUAACCAUGUUCUCAACGACGUGUCAAAGAAAUCGAAGUGAAGAGUGUAAAUCGCUCAAGAAAAUGACUGGAAACGAGUUAUUAAAAGUGCUUCGUGAUGAGGUGUUUUGGAGUCCUUCAGGAAACCUCGUGAAUUUUUCAAAGGAAGGCGAUGUAAUGGGUGUUUACAACAUAUACUACAGUGGUAAAGUGGGCGGCAAGAAAUACGAAUAUUCCAAGAUUGGCCAUUGGAAAGGAUUUGAGGAAAGUCUGCAGUUUGAUGAUUUAGAAUGGAAAGCAGGUUUCCGACCUUUAAAAUCAUCCUGCGAAACAUUCUGUACUGCGAACCAAUAUCGCAAGACGUCAAAAAAACCGCGCCAGUGUUGGGAGUGCGAAGACUGUGAACCAGGCUCGUACGCCGUGAAUGAGACGGGCUGUCAAAAGUGUCCAAAAGGAGAAAAACCAGACCACGAACGCAAGUCGUGUGUGGAAAUAAUCCCGACAUAUUUGUCGGUGGACGGAAAGCUUGUACCGUCUUCUGUCGUGAUAUUACCGAUGGUUGUAAGUUCCAUUGGUAUUGUGGCCGUUUUAUUUGUGUUUGGGAAUUUUAUGAAGCACUGGAAUACGCCAGUGGUGAAGGCCUCAGGUCGGGAACUUUCUACUUUGCUUUUAAUAGGAGUUCUUUUAGCUUUCGUGUUUCCUUUCGUCGCAAUUUCGAAUCCAUCUCCUGUCAAGUGCUUUUGGCAAUUUGUUCUGGGCAGUUUACCGUUUACCGUCUGUUUUGUCGCCAUCGUCGUGAAGAACAAUCGCACGUAUCGUAUAUUCAACCCAAACCGAGUUAUCACAGCACAACCAUCGUUGAUCAGACCUAAAUCACAAAUCUUAGUCUCGCUGGGGUUAAUCGCAUUCCAGUUAAUACUACUCUCAGCAUUGAUCUCCCUAGAGUUUCCUGAAGACAAGAUGACGUACCCUUCAGCAGAAAAAAUCGUUCAUGUAUGUUUGAUUUCGGAACGACAGAUGUUCCUCUCACAUUUAUACAAUAUAGUACUUCUCGCAGCUUGUACGUAUUACGGUUACAAGACGAAAAACAUCCCAAGAAACUUCAACGAAGCUAAACAUAUCGCUUUUGCAAUGUACGGUGCAUGCGUAUCGAUGGUGGCAUUCGGCGUGGUUUUUUUUUUCAACUCGGAAUUUUCAAGCAAUUAUGGAGUGGUGAUAGAGAUGAUGCACCACCCUCUCGUGGGAUUCAUUAUCAUCACAUGUUUCUUUGCGCCAAAGAUUUAUAUUAUUUUGAUGAAACCGGAACAAAAUGCUCAUACGAUGACCGUAGGGACGGAAAUUGACGUCACGAGAGCAAGAGAACACCGCAGGUCUCGUCAUCAAUUUCCAGCAAGCGACCGGAAUGAAUUUGCAGAGUGCGAUACUAAGGUUGAAUGUUCUACCAUGAACGUGGUUAGGAUAAAAUAAGUAGCCAUUUAUAAUGCAAUAUUCACUGAGGACUUUCACACUCCAUACUAGUUAGUUAAGAGCUUGGU